GCAGAUGGUUCAGUUAGUGGGGCAUUGUUGAAUUUGGGUGCGUCACAGUGUUUUGAUGUUUUGUGCCUUUUUCCUUCAUGUUAUCCUGAAUUCCUGCCCUAGAAAUGUCUAAUUUACGUGCCUUAGCAUCUAUUGUGCUCCCCUGCCUACUAUUCACACUCAAUUGGGGCGCUACGAAUGCUCAAUAUCACAAUUUCUACGAUGAACACAAGACGGAGAAGCUGACCUGGUGCACGAUGAAUCGGGAGGAGCAGUGGAAGUGUAAGAACUUCACGGUGGCCCUUGAGAGGGAUCGAGCGCUCUUUGAGGAUGACUUCUUCAAUGUUUCCUGCUACCAGGCAUUCGAUAAGGAUGAAUGUAUCAUUAUGAUUGACCAGGAGAAGGCACAUAUAACUUCCCUGGAUCCCGGAGAGGUCUUCCAGGCAGGACGAUACAAUUCCCUCGUGCCAAUCCUCCAGGAAACCUACGAGGGUGGCUUCAAGAACUACUAUGCCGUGGCUGUCAUCAAGUCCGGCACAAUGAGUGAUGUCUACUCCAUACGGGAUUUGCGUGGGAAGCAGGCUUGCUUCGCUGGGGUGGGCAGUCAAGCUGGUUGGACCAUCCCCAUUCAUCGUCUCCUCAAGGAUGGCUUCAUGGAGAUUGUCGACUGCAACAAUCACGUCAAGUCUGCCAUUAAUUUCUUCGGGAAGUCCUGCGCUGUGAAUUCCCUGGUCAAUAAAAAUAAUCCCAUUGGCGAUAAUUCCGAUAAGCUCUGCAAUUUGUGCACGGGAGUCGUUCCCGGGGGGAAGUGUACAGCUCAGGAUCCCUAUGCGGGGUUUGAAGGAGCCUUCAGGUGCCUCCUUGAGGUUGGCGAUGUGGCCUUCCUGAAGCACACAACGGUCAAGGAGAUGGUCAGCAGUAAGGAGUUCAAGAGUGUGACGGAAGAUCGCUUUGAAUUGCUUUGUCCGGAUGGUCAGAAGCGCCCCCUUGGAGACUACAGGCAGUGCAAUUGGGGCCUGGUUCCCUCCAAUGCCAUUGUUGUGUCUUCGGCAAAGACAACAGACGAACGGAAGCGUAUUGAACGUUUCCUCCUGAAGAGCGUUGAACUCUAUUCGACUAAACCUCUCGGGGAUGUUCAGCAGCAAUCCAAUGAUCCCUACGAUCAGGGGAAUCGCUACGAUAACCGCUACGACACACGCUACGAUAAUCGCUACGACACAAACCGGUACGACUCCACACCACGCUACAAUGACUACGGGAAUCCUGGGAAUCCCGGAAGUCCCUACAGCAAUGAUCGUUUUGGCGGAUUCGGUGGGAGUCGGUAUGAUUCCAAUCGUGCUUUCGGCGGCUACGAUGAUCCCUUCCGCACAACAACACGAUCAACAACAACCACAACGACCACAAGACGUCCUUUUGGGUUCUACGACAAUCCCUUUGGCGUGAGGAAUCAAACAGAUCAGGAUCGCGAUGGGAAUCAAACGCUGUAUGAGAGAUUUGAAUUGUUCGACUCGGAGCGCUAUGGGUCAAAGAUAAAUCUCAUGUUUUCCGACAUAACGCGCACCUUUGCCAGCAUUAAGGAGGAAGAACAGAACUUUGGGGGCUAUUUGGGGGAUAAUUUGGAGAUAAUAAUGGGUGUGAGGAUGUGCCCAGUGGGGCGGAUGACGCUCUGUGUGACGUCAGAUGCGGAAAUGGAGAAAUGCGUGAAGAUGAAGACAGCGCUGAAGGCGCAACUAAUUAAACCCGAAAUGAUCUGCUACAAGGGGCAUUCACACAUCAACUGCAUGCAAGCAAUUGCUUCCGGGGUGGCAGAUGUGAGUGUGCUGGAUGUGAGUGAUGUGUACACGGGUGGCUUGAGGUACGAACUUAUUCCCUUCCUGUCGGAAGUCUACAAUCUUGGGCAGCCAGAGUACUAUGUUGUGGCCAUUGCAAAGGAGGAGGAUCCCUCAACGGAAUUGACGUAUCUCAAGGGGAAAUAUACGUGUCAUUCGGGGAUUAAUACAGCUGCUGGAUGGGUCUACCCACUGGCGUAUCUCAUCAGCAACGGAUGGAUUCGUCCCUAUGGGUGCGACAGCAUUCGUGCAGCAGCUGAAUACUUCUCCAAAUCCUGCGUUCCUGGAGCACUGAGUGCGGAAUACAACACAGGAAUCCCCUAUGAUAAUAUGUGUGAUCUCUGCCAUGGCUCAAGCUACCGGUAUUGCCGUCGUGACGCCUCGGAGGACUACUACGGGCACACAGGGGCCUUCAGGUGUCUCGUUGAGGGUGGUGGGCAUGUUGCCUUUGCAAAACAUACGACAGUUAGUGAGAAUACGGGUGGGAAGAGGCGCGAAUGGUGGGCCAGGAACACCCUAAAUGAUGACUUUCAGCUUCUCUGCCCCGAUGGGACACGUGGGCGCCUCAAGGACUACCACACGUGCAAUUUGGGCAAAGUUAAAGCCAAUGCGGUUGUCACGAGAGGUGGUCCGGGUUACAAUGAGACACAAAUUAAUGCCUACAUCAAUCUCUUCACGUACGCUCAACAAUUCUACGGCAGGAAGGAGCAGGAUGCCUUCAGCUUCAGCAUGUUCUACAGCUACCCUCCGUACCACGAUCUAAUCUUCCAAGAUGCAACGAGGCAACUCAAAGUGGUUGAACCAAAAGAUAGACGCUACGAUCGAUACGUCGGGAAGGAUUUUAUGCGUGCACGACGCAUUACAGACUGCCUAGCAGGUGGGAGUCAAAUAACGAUAAAUCGCAUGCAAAUUGCACUCAUCACAGUCCUCACGAUCCUCUCAGCGAGGAUCCUACUGUAAGGCAACAGUAACAACAAAAAAAGUUAGAUCUUUUAGCAAUUAAGCAAAGUUAGAUAGUCCUUUUUGCAUGUAAAUAAGAUUACAAAACAAAAAAAAAUGAUCUGUGUCUCUUGCAGCACCAUAGAGAGGAAGAUGAAAGACAAAGCAAGAGAAUUUUCUCUUAAAAAAAUAUGAUUUUUUAUGAUUAUUCGACAUUCCGUCCGGAUCCGUCCAUUUUAUACAUUUUUUUAAUAAUUAUUUUUUUUGUAAAAGAAUCUCAGUACGAAGCACACGCCAUUUUACAAGGAGAGCAAUUUGUGUAAAAGUUUAGAGAGAUAUUAAAGAAAGUAUUUGUCAGUUUUAUUGUAAAAACGAAUGAGCAAUAAAGACAUUUUUUGGUAGAAAA